AUGGAAACUGAAUCGAGGAUGAACAUAUACAAAGCAUCGAGGAGCAUAAAGCGCAGAGACAACACCCUUUACAACGCCCUCCGCUCAAUCUACGAGGACUCUAUUUUCGUGGCCGAGAUUUCUCAACUCUGGCCGGAACUUCCUUUGCUCGCCAAUCUCCGGUGCGGGCUUUGGUACUCUCAGAAAUUUCACUCCACCUGUUACUUCAAGUCCACCGACGGCCACAACAAUAACUGGUCCUUCAAUACCUCUCGCCUCAACCUCCAUGUCGCCCUCCUGGCCGCACAGAGGGGAGGUUGCAUGAUUGUUGAUUCAACGCGAAAAGGGAAGAGAUUUCCUGAUAGUAUGUCCAAGACUAUUCCUAUUUGGACCUGCGUCUUAAAUCGUGCCAUCUUCAAUUACAGAGAAAGAUCUUCUGAAUGCGAGAAUGGUAGUUUCCAGAAUGAUGUGUCUUCUAGCUGGGACUGUUCUUUGCAUCUUCCUCUCUGGGUCUCUGAAGGUGAAAAGGUGUUCAUUGAAGACCGUUUGGAUGGUUGGGUUAGAGACUUGGAAACUUGUGGAGCUGAUAUUGCCUCAAUAUCUUCGAUCCUAAAAAAGCCACUACGGCCUCUGUGGGUCUCACAGAAAACAGUUAUCUGGUUGAAUGAAGUCCCUGAAUAUGAUUCUUGGGAUUUCACGCCUAUAAUGCUAGUCUCUGCAUCCUCCCCAAGUCCAACUUAUCAGCAGCGAACCACUUCUGAAUUUAGUUGGAAUUAUAUUCCCGGAGCUGGAGAUGAUGAGGAAAGUUGGGCUAGAGGUCUAUCACCUCAUCUUUUCUGGAAGCACGCAUAUGACAUUAUACAUUCUGGUCCUGAAUUUUGUAACCAGAAGGUAGCUGAUAUAAUCGAAAAGGAUAGAGUAUAUCGUUGUCAUAGAGGGGAAAAUGUUGCUCAGGUAUCUGUAAGACCUUCAACAUCUUCGAAACCCAUGGACAAUAUUUCAGACAGAGAAAUAGACGAUUCUCCAACUUCUAGUAACUCAGAUGAAUGCGCCUUAUCCUGGCUGGACUCCACCAAUCUAGCUGUUGGAGCAACUCAUUCUGGUAUGCAGAUCUCCUGUACCGACAGCUUGUUGAAUUGCAGUGAAGAAUCACUUCCACUCUCUCUGGAGAGUGUGAAAGCAUAUUUACAGUUGCCAAUUGCAAGCUCAAAAUUUGAUAGGUUUGCUUUAUCGAGAAAGCUUCCUUUUGCUCUGGAAUUUGCCAGGAUGAACUUGAGCCAGGGGAAGAGACUCAUUAUUUGCUGCAAAGAUGGGGAAGAUAUCAGUGUAUGUGUUUGCCUGGCAAUUUUGAUGUCAUUGUUCAAUGACCAGGGAUGCUUUGAUGAUGGAAAAUUUUUCAGCGCUACAACGAUCACGAAGUCAGAAAUGCGACGGAAGUUGGUAUACAUUUGCAAAUUUGCUGUGAAGGCCCGCCCUUCCAGAGGGAAUCUUAGGCAAGUCUUCAAUUACCUUAGUGGCGGGGUUACUCCGACGACUAUAGAGACUAUAGAGAUGUGA